AUGUCGCGCUGGGGCAGAGGCCGAGGCGGUAGCGUUGCUGUACCGCUGGAUAGUGCUCUGUUUAGAGAGAACAGUAAUUGCCCUACUGCUGCACGCUCGGCGGGCACAGUCGGGAAGUGGGGAAUCACUAGCUUCACGUCGAUUAGAAGCGCGCCGUACGCAUAUGCAAAUAACAUUGUUAAAAAGCCAGUACAAGAUCAAAAUAGCCCACUGACAGUUCCAGCUGUUGAGACUGAACAACCACCACCAAAGCCGAAGAAAUUUUUUAAAUCUCGCAAUGUUGAAGUAUUUCCAUCAAUACCACAAAUUACCUAUGCUCCUCCUGUACCUGCGGCACCUUUAUCACCAGAGCAUCCUUCGAACAGUAAAGAUAAAAAAUCUACCAAGAGAAGUAGGGUGUACAACAGAGACUCAUCAUCACCGGAGUUACCCCGCCGCAACUCAGAAAAAUCUAAAGCAAAGAAAAGUUCCGUGGCCACAAAGGCUGCCAGAAAAGAGGAGGUGCCUGCUGAAAACUCUCAACCACCUAAUAAACGUUACCUGGUUCGCAAUCGUGAUAAAGUAAUAAAUUAUGCUGAAGAUGGAAGCAACAGCCCUAUCCCAGAAUUCACACGGUAUGAGUCUACUCAACCCAAAGUCACACCAGUAGCUUCGCCUAAAAUUCCUUCACCUAAAGUCAGUCCCUUAGUUUCAAGUCCUACUAUAAAGACAUUAGAAAAGGUAGAGGUUACUAGUCCAUCAACAAGCAAAGAUACAAGUGAAGAACGAAAACCACCUCCUAUAGUGCUUAGAAUAUCAAAGGGAACAUCGAGAAUUGUUAGUACUGAUUCCAAUGAAGGUUUCACAUCACCAGGUUCUGAUAGGCAUUCAUCUUUAGAUACUCAUUCAGAUGUUGGCUCUGAUCAUAAAAAGAGCCCAUCCAUGGAAACUAUAUGUUCUCCUAAACACGAAGGACUUAAAAUCACUAUCAAAUGCAGUAGUCUUAACCAGGAACCCAAAAAAGAAAAGAAAAGAGAUAAAAAAGAGCACAAGUCUCAUAAACGUCAUCAUAAAAACUCUGAUGAUGAGCCUCUGAAAAAACCAAAUAGUUCUCCCAUACCUGGAUCAGAUGCUUAUGAUCUUUACAAAACUUUAGCAUCGCCAGCUCAUGAAAAUGAAAUAGAAUCUAAGAGUCAAUUGUCAUUGAAAAAUGAUAUUGAAUCACAGCUAGCAAAGUUUGAUUCUGGUAGUUCUGUUAUAAAGUGUCCAAGAUUAGAGGUUCAACCCAAUGAACUGCCACCUGAGCCAAAACCUCCAGAGAAUGCAGGAAGAUCUCGAAGGAACAGGCCCAAUAUUAACUAUAGUGAGAAUGAUGAUUAUUUGGAUGUUAUCACCUCCACUUACGCUAACAAACAUGCUACUAAAACUGUUAGUGAUAUUAAGAAAGAAAGUAGAAAAACAAGGAAAAAACACGACAUACCAGUCAUAGGUGAUGCAGCUUCUUCAGUUACCUCACCAGAACCUGACCAAGGAAUUGACAAAAUAGGAAUGCCUGUAGAAACUGAUGAUCUGAUUGACAUAUUGUCUGGUAGUGACAGUGGAAAGAAAGAAAGUCAAAGGGUAAAACUGCAUAGGAAACAUAAACACAAGCAUAAUAAACACUCAAGCCCAGAACCUGAUUUAAUAAAUCCUGUGCCUCUUGAAGACAAUAGCAUAGAGCCCAGUGCAGCUACUGAAGAUGUAAGUCAGGAAGAGGAUACAAAUGAGGUUGCUCAAGAACUUACAAAUGAUACUCCUAACUAUGUUCAGGCAAAUACACAAUCUUCUGAUUCUGCCUACAAUAGCUGCCCUAAUGAGAAUUUUGAAGAAGAGGCUUCGAAAAAUCCACAAGAUGUAUUUAAAUCACCACAAGGCAUGUGUGAAACUGAAGAUCAUAUUCAAGUGGAAGAAAAACCUAGUGUAAAAUUAGUAAUAACAAAGAAAAAAGGAUCAAUAUUUAAAAGCAAAUCUCUUGUCAAUGAUAAUCCUUCACCACUGCCAGCUAGGAAAAGGCGUCACCUGUAUAGACAUGAAUGGGCUAACGAUAAAGGGAAUGAAACUCCAAGGCCUGAACCUGUUGAGAAUACUGAUACUGGAAACCAAGCAGGCCAGGUGUCUGAAGAGCUAACUAGGGUGACGAGGUUUAGACCUCCAGAUCCUAUUGUAGAUGGUCCUGAGUCUAUGGAAACAGUCAAACCUUACACGAGUGUUAGAUGUGCUAAGGAAGCUAAAGAGUUCUAUACAGUUGUAAGAAAUGUAAAGAAAGCCCACCAAAUUCAAGAAAUUGGUGAAUUCCAAGAAUUUAAUGAUGACGUAGAAUAUCUCCUGGACUCAUUACAGAAUAACAACCCAAUAUCGACGAGAUGUUUGUCAGCGAUCACAUUGGCGAGCAAAUGUACGGCGCCGGCGUUCCGCAUGCAUUUACGGGCGCACGGCACUGUGCAGAAAUUCUUCAGUGCAUUACAUGAUGCGACUAAUGAUCAGAGUUUGGGCCUGUGUACAGCAACAGUGAUGUUUGUGUUAUCUCAAGAUCGACUUAACAUGGAUCUGGAUCGCGAGUCACUGGAACUUAUGUUGAAUUUACUUGAGUCAGAUGCAUCACACAAAAAUGCUCUCGAUGAUUGCGGUUUAACGUCGGCGCAGUUAACUAAAACGCAAGAAAGGGUGCGGGAAUUGUGUGCCGAAAUAAAGAGUCAAGGGAAAGCUCAGCACUUGGACUUGGAAAAUAUAACGGUGGGUCACUUGGCGAUGGAAACGUUGCUGUCGUUGACGUCGAAGCGCGCGGGCGAGUGGUUCAAAGAGGAGCUGCGCGUGUUGGGCGGCGUCGACCACAUCGUGCGCACCAUACAAGACUGCGCCGCGCGUCUCGACACUCCCGUCGAGAGCUGGUCCACCACGGACGUCGAAGUGUUAAGAAAGGCCGACAGAUGUCUCAGGGUUCUAGAAAACGUGACGCAGCAGAACGAGGACAACCAGAUGUACCUGUGCGACGGCGGCGGGCAGGCGGCGCGCAGCAUCUGCGGCGUGCUGCGCGCCUGGUGCGGCGCCGCGCGCCUCCACGCGCCGCUGCGCGCGCAGCUGCUCGACGCGGCGCUGCCCGCGCUCAAGGUGCUGCUCAACCUCUCGCACUCCUUCAGCAACACCACGUCGCUAGGGGCACAAGUGAUCGGUGAACAAUCGUCGGUGAUGGAAACGUGUCUCGUCAUCCUGAACAACCAAGGCAACUUCAUCCCCGACGAUAGAAACUUUGAGUUUAGUGUUUGUGUCCUAUUGCUGUUAAUUAAUUUGGUUCAGAAUAAUGAGACUAACACACAAAGGUUUCUGAAUGUACGCAUACGUAUCGACAAUGAAGAUGACAUAAUAUCAAGGAGUAUCAGCGCCUUAGACCUUAUUGUAGAUCUAUUUUAUAAGCGGGAGGAUCUAGCCAGACGAGCGGAGGAAAACACUGAUGCGUUAUUAGAUGGGAAACCGGAUGAAAAUGAUAAGAAGUCUCAAGAUGAUAUUGAUGAAACCGUCGCUAAAUUGCUGGCGCGCGCGGGCGCGCACAUGGAGCACAGCAUGGUGGGCGCGUACGCCGCGCUGCUGCUGGGCCACGCCGCGCACCAGCGCGCCACCGCCGUGCGCGCGCGCGUGCCCAGCUACGCGCCGCUGCUGCCCACGCUCAAGAAGUACUACGCCUUCCUCGCGCUCACCGCCAGCGGUGAAGCAGCCAUAGUGGCACAUGUGAAAGCGACGAAUCGGAUCAUCGAGUUCAUGGAAGCGUGUGACGCCGAGCAGGAAGCUGCAUAUUCCAAUCCGCCCGACGAUCUGCCACAAGACAUGUCCCUUAACAACUUGGCGCACAACUAUUCCACCUACUCCAACACCAGCUCAGACCGCUCUAUGGAGCUCGACGGCUACCACUGA